GUGAUCAGAGCCAAAGUGGUUGGCAAAAAACUGAUGAACGAUGGGCCUUUCGGUACAAUGCGUUACACUGUUAAACAGAUGAAGAUGUACCGUGGUUUCAAAAAGAUGCCUCAAGUCCAAUAUAUCUACACAGAGUCCUCUGAGAGCCUCUGCGGAGUUAAGCUGGAGGUUAACAAGUAUCAGUAUCUGAUCACAGGCCGUGUCUAUGAAGGCAAGGUAUACACUGGACUGUGCAAUUUGAUUGAGAAAUGGGACAAGUUGACAUUGGCCCAGCGUAAAGGGCUCAAUCAUCGCUAUCACCUGGGAUGUAACUGCAAGAUCAAGCCUUGCUAUUACCUCCCCUGCUUCAUUACAUCCAAGAGUGAGUGCCUGUGGACAGAUCUGCUCUCAAAUUUUGGCUACCCAGGUUAUCAGUCCAAAAACUACGCCUGCAUCAAGCAGAAGGAGGGUUACUGCAGUUGGUACAGAGGAUGGACUCCACCAGACAAAACCGUGAUCAACACCACGGACCCCUGA